AUGACAUUCGACUUGGUACAGCACGUCAAGGCUCGCACUCGCAGCGUGCAUUUUGAUAGAAAUCUCAUGUUCAUGGCAACCACACCUCUCGCCGGAUCAUCGCCAAAGGCAUCGCGGGAUUCCAAACGAACUAUUAGUUUUCCACUGAGCCAAGACGAUAACAGCUCAUCUUCUCCUUCCUCCCCUCGUCCCUCAACAGUACGCCACUAUCGCAGUAUGCUUGACGUGGACAUCCAGGAUCCGCCGACAUUAAGCCCUAUGAAGCCAGUGUCAUUCGACGAACUAUAUGUCUAUUCUGCAACAAGUGGGCCAGCUGGAGAUGAACAGACAGCUUAUGUGAAGCCCAAUCGCGACCAUCUCACAGUCGAGGCUUCUACCAGGGGAAAUCCUCGCAACACGACUUCUCCCGGCAGCGAAUCUCCGGCGUUGGCUCCUUCUGCCUCGCCUGCCAAUGGUAGGUUUAUCAUUUACGUGAAUUUCUGUUCCGGUACUGACUGCCAAGUAGUUCCAUCUCAGCCACCUCCCCCCGCUGACAACAGAAACAUUGUCCGAAGAAAGCUUACUGGCUAUGUUGGUUUUGCCAACCUACCCAACCAAUGGCACCGAAAGAGUGUUCGUAAGGGAUUCAACUUCAACGUGAUGGUUGUUGGUGAGUCCGGCUUGGGCAAGUCUACUCUGGUCAACACUCUAUUCAACACCUCCCUGUACCCCCCCAAGGAGCGCAAGGGACCCAGCCUCGACAUUAUUCCCAAGACUGUUACUAUCCAGUCCAUUAGUGCCGACAUUGAGGAGGCAGGUGUUCGUCUCCGCCUGACCGUUGUCGAUACACCAGGUUUCGGCGAUUUCGUCAACAACGACGAGUCCUGGCGCCCUAUCGUCGACAACAUCGAGCAGCGAUUCGACUCUUACUUGGAUGCUGAGAACAAGGUUAACCGCAUGAACAUUGUUGACAACCGUAUUCACGCCUGUGUCUUUUUUAUUCAACCCACUGGCCACUCCCUGAAGCCUCUUGACAUUGAGGUCAUGCGCCGACUCCAUACCAAGGUCAAUCUGAUCCCCGUCAUCGCCAAGGCUGAUACCCUUACCGACGAGGAGAUUGCUGCCUUCAAGUCCCGAAUUCUCGCCGAUAUCAAGCACCAUGGCAUCCAGAUCUUCGAGGGUCCUCGUUACGAGCUUGAUGAUGAGGAGACGAUCGCUGAGAACAACGAGAUCAUGUCCAAGGUUCCCUUCGCUGUUGUUGGUGCCAACAACGAGAUCACAAGCGCCGAUGGUCGCAAGAUUCGCGGUCGUGCCUAUCCUUGGGGCAUCAUUGAAGUCGAUAACGAGGAGCACUGCGAUUUUGUCAAGCUUCGACAAAUGCUCAUCCGAACACACAUGGAGGAGCUCAAGGAGCACACCAACAACCAACUCUACGAGAACUACCGUACCGACAAGCUGCUCGCCAUGGGCGUGUCGCAAGACCCCAGCGUUUUCAAGGAGGUCAACCCUGCUGUCAAGCAGGAGGAGGAGCGUGCCCUACACGAGCAAAAGCUAGCCAAGAUGGAGGCCGAGAUGAAGAUGGUCUUCCAACAGAAGGUAGCAGAGAAGGAGAGCAAGCUCAAGCAGUCCGAAGAGGAACUGUACGCCCGCCACAAGGAGAUGAAGGAGCAACUCGACCGCCAACGACUGGAGCUCGAGGACAAGAAGCAGCGCGUCGAAAGCGGACGGCCACUAGAGAAGGAAGGCAAGCGAAAGGGUUUCUCUCUUCGCUAA